AUGAUGGUGGUAUGGAAAUCUAUUUCUUUUGCUGUUAUAUGUCUCUGCAUCGCUUAUGCAAGUGCAGAAGAUCUUCAACAAAUAUUAAUUCGUGAAAAGUUCAAUGAAAUCCAACGACUAAAAUUUCCACAAGAUCCAGAAUGUGGAAUGAUUACUGGCUACAGGUAUUACAAUACUCCGGAGGAGUUUGACAGAUUAGAAUUGCUUUGGAUGAUGUCUGUAUCAAGGAAGAAUAACUCUAAACAUCUUUGUGAUGGUGUUCUGAUCUAUCCAGAUGUCUUGAUGACUACUGCUCAUUGUGUAGAGAAUGAAGUGAAUGAAGACCUGAUAGUUGCAAGUAAAUCAAGGAUUUAUUCACCUUACGAUACGUACCGUGGCAACGAAGAGCGGACAGUUUCCGAAAUUCAUAUAAAUCCAACAUACAGAGCUUGCUCUUGUCGUAAUAAUUUAGCUAUUUUGAUUCUUUCUAGACCUUUUAAACUUGAUGAUAACGUCAAAGUAGUCUGUCUACCGUCUUUGAAUGAUUCCUAUUAUACCGGCUACUGUAUCAAGAAAUUGAUGGAAGAUCACGUACCACCUGAACACGAACGGGACCAUGGUGGAGAUCGAGUCUUCAUGGCUUCAAAUUCUUCACACUCUACAGCAGAAGCAUCUGGUGAAGAAGGAAAUGGAACUGAUGUUUUUAUAAAGCGAACUCAAUUAUAUGCAUUGUCAUGUGGGUUAUCAAAUAUUCCAAAGAAGUUUUAUUACUUAGGAUUAAUGGUCCGUGUUGAAAUAUGUGGACCAAACUCUGUUCGGCACCAAUUCUAUGAUACCAUUUAUAAAUUUUUGCCAUGGAUGAAUAGAGUCUUAAAAAGUCGUUUUAUAUAUCACGAACUGAAUGAGAAUUUUAGUUCGGUUUGA